CUCAAACAAGGAGCCCUGCCACACGCACACAGAGGACGCUCCUGCCGCUCCACGGCCCACUGCUGCCUCCAGACCUACCGAGACCCAGACACCUUGUCCGGGCGAUGCUGCCCAUCGCGGCGAGACCAGCAGAGCAUCUGGGGCGGAGGCGUCAGCGUCAGCGGUCGCGGUAGAGGUUUUAAACGCGACAGCGGGUGAUGGUCGCAAAAGCGUCGCUCCAAUUUCCAGCAUGAAAUGCAACAAAAACGGAGAAUGCAGGAGGGACUCGGGUACCGGGAGCCUGCGCUCAAUCAUCUCCAAGCAGGAGAAGCAGACAGGAGGGUCGGGGAGGGCCGAGGACGGAGGGAGCACCAAGCGAGGAGCACGUAACUCGACCACCGCCAGCAUGGACGGCUCGAUCACACCAGGCGGGUCCAUGUCCGGGGGGCACGGAGGAGAGAGCGCAAACCCCGGCACUACCCCCGUGUCAAGCGGUGUCCCCGAGAAAAAGGACUCCAGGGUGUCCUUCUCUAACGCACCAAGCCGGAAAGCCUCGUCUUCGCUGCACGGCCCGACUCAGACUCAGACCCAGCAGCCCAGGAACUCUGUCACUUUCCUGAAGUCGGAGGAUGGACCGCCAAUUGUGCCGGCCGAGGAUGCGGAGCCUCGGGGCAGCCAAACAACCUUCAUGCAGCGGCAGUUUAGUAAUAUGCUGCAGCCCGGAGUUAACAAAUUCUCCUUACGCAUGUAUGGUAGUCAAAAAGCAGUUGAGAGAGAGCAGGAGAGGGUAAAAUCAGCUGGAAAUUGGAUUAUCCACCCUUACAGCGAUUUCAGGUUCUACUGGGAUUUCACAAUGCUACUCUUUAUGGUGGGCAACCUGAUCAUCAUCCCCGUGGGCAUCACCUUCUUUAAGGAGGAGACCACUACGCCCUGGAUCAUCUUCAACGUGGUCUCCGACACCUUCUUCCUCAUGGACCUGGUGCUCAACUUUCGCACUGGAAUCAUCAUUGAGGACAACUCAGACAUCAUUUUGGACCCUAAAACCAUUAAGAAAAAGUACUUAAAAACUUGGUUCAUUGUGGACUUUGUCUCCUCCAUCCCAGUGGAUUACAUAUUCCUCAUAGUGGAGAAAGGGAUCGAUUCGGAGGUGUACAAGACUGCUCGGGCCCUGCGGAUUGUCCGCUUUACCAAGAUCCUAAGUCUUCUGAGGCUGUUGAGGCUCUCCAGAUUAAUACGCUACAUUCACCAAUGGGAAGAGAUCUUCCAUAUGACCUAUGACCUGGCUAGUGCAGUGAUGCGGAUCUUUAACCUGAUUGGUAUGAUGCUGCUGCUGUGUCACUGGGACGGCUGCCUACAGUUCCUGGUUCCCAUGCUGCAGGACUUCCCCUCAGACUGCUGGGUGUCCCUCAACAAGAUGGAGAAUGAUACUUGGUCAGAGCUGUACUCCUUUGCCGUAUUCAAAGCAAUGAGCCACAUGCUGUGCAUAGGUUAUGGCCGGCAGGCCCCGGAGAGUCUCUCAGAUAUCUGGCUCACCAUGCUGAGUAUGAUUGUAGGAGCCACUUGCUAUGCUGUCUUUAUUGGCCAUGCAACAGCUCUUAUCCAGUCCCUGGACUCCUCCAGACGGCAGUAUCAGGAAAAGUACAAACAAGUGGAGCAGUAUAUGUCCUUCCACAAGCUGCCGUCUGACUUCCGACAGAAAAUCCAUGACUACUAUGAGCACAGAUACCAAGGCAAGAUGUUUGAUGAGGAGAGCAUCUUGGGAGAACUCAGCGAGCCCCUCAGAGAGGAAAUUGUAAACUUCAACUGUCGCAAGCUGGUGGCAUCCAUGCCGCUGUUUGCCAACGCAGAGCCAAACUUUGUGACGGCCAUGUUGACCAAGCUGCGUUUUGAGGUAUUCCAGCCGCAUGAUUACAUUAUAAGGGAAGGCACCAUUGGUAAGAAAAUGUACUUCAUUCAGCACGGAGUCUGCAGCGUCAUCACUAAGGGCACUCUGGCAAUGAAGCUUUCUGACGGCUCUUAUUUUGGAGAGAUCUGUUUAUUGACGAGGGGUCGGCGAACAGCCAGCGUUCGAGCAGAGACUUACUGUCGACUCUACUCUCUGUCUGUUGACCAUUUCAAUGAGGUGCUGGAAGAAUAUCCCAUGAUGAGACGCGCCUUCGAGACUGUUGCCAUCGACCGUCUAGACCGUAUUGGUAAAAAGAACUCCAUCCUGUUGCACAAGGUUCAGCAUGAUCUCAACUCUGGUGUCUUCAACAACCAGGAGAACGAGAUGAUCCAAGAGAUUGUCAAGUACGACCGUGAGAUGGUGAAGCUGGUGGACCUACAGCGGCCGCGGGCCAUGUCAAUGACCCCUUCCAUCGGCGGUAUCUUUGCUCCCCCCGGCCAGCCGCAGUCAGGCUCUGCUAUCGCCACUCUUCAGCAGGCUGUGGCCAUGAGCUUUUGUCCUCAAAUGGCGAGUCCCCUGGUGGGUCCAGGGACUCUGCAGUCUCCUCGUAUGGUGCGAAGGUUCCACGUGAUGCAGAGCCUGGCCAGCCCAGUCUCCAUGUCUCCUCUUCAGUCUCAACCCCCUCAGGCGUUCGGAGGGGCGUUUGGAUCUGCAAUCUCCAGCCCGCCUGUCCAAAGCCCGCUUGCAGCUUCUGGACGGACUUUCCAAUACAUGGCGAACGCAGGACCCUCUGGUUCCCAGUUGUCCCUAGUACAGCACCAUGCACCCAGCCCCACACAGACCCAGCAGAGGCCUGCCUCACACAAGAGCACCCACUCCCUUCAUACGGGUAGCUUGAGCCAGGAUACCCGGGCCCUGUCUGCCUCUCAGCUUUCACUCCCCCAGGAGGGAACACCACAAGCUGCCUCUGCAGCCCCCAGCCCCCCACCAUCCACCCGCACAUCCAACAACUCCAUCGGCCCCCCUCAGCCCUCUCACCCCAGCCAGCCAGGGCCCUCGGGGGUUGGGAGAUCGGUAGGAGCUCAACAAAGGGUGGCCUUUGCCUCCACACCCCCUCCCGGCGGACAUGCUGGAAUGGGGGCAGUAGCAGCAGCUGCUGGAUCAGGACCUCCAGACUCUGGAGUUCCCAAGAAAGAUUCAAUUGUCAGCCUUCCAGAGCUAGACUCUGCCAGAUCCCGGCUGUCUUCCAACUUGUGACCCUGGUAGAGUUCAGGAAAGAGGCCUUUUUUGUAGGAGAAUCUGUUUGUUUUGGGUCAGUAAAGCUGAUCUGUCAGCCUGCAAAAUGACCAAUCAGCUACCGCCAGGGCCACCAGUCAUUCGACCUGGAUGCACUGUGUGCUGGUCUCAGCAGAAGGAAAAGAGCAACUCAAAAUCUUGAGACACUUUGGCUAGGAGGAGUCUAUACAAUUAAACUAGUAUAACUUAAGGUUGAACUGGUCUACUGUGCCAGCACCUUUAGUCUUAGUAUCACCCCUUACACUCUGCUUCCAAACACCUACUGUAUAUCGCUGUCUUUACUGUAAAGAUCUGAAGAAAAGUAUGAUUUGUGUAACUAUUGCAUACUGUGUAGAAUCCAUGCAAUGCAAUCUAGCAGGAGCUGGAUUUAAAAAUGAAAAUCAGGGACUUGAGGUCAAAUGACAAUGACAUUUUAAGCGUUCAAAAAGUGUUUUGAGUGUAAUUUUUUCCGUAUAAGCUGUCGUAGCAAAAGAACACAUUGCUCUUCAUAUUGUUUAAAAUAGUAGUAAAAAUAGUGUUUUAGACCGCUGGUCGAUCUUACAUCGAUGUGUAAAUAGUUGAUGAAAAAAGUACGGAGGGAUAUUAUAUUCAUUGUAUCUACCCAAACCAAAGUUGAGCUUGAACACAAAGUGUGGUUGUGUCUGUAUCAACUAAAAAAGAAACAUAGAAGAAAAUGCCAUUUAUUUAACUGCCUUGAUUCAACGUUAGAAGCCAUAUGUUUGGUUUGUGUGUAUGUAUAUAUGUGGGUGUAAGUUUGUGUGCGUGAGUUUGUUGGUACGUUUUGGUUUAUUUUCAGAGAAUGGACUCACACACACUCAACACUUGCUUUGUCAAGCGUGAUUGGUUUGACAUGCUGACAGUGGCACUGACCUGUUUUCAUGAAACAUCUGGGAGGCGGUCAGCUGUUUGGUCAGCGCACUGAUUGUAACGCUGAAGGCAAAGGUGGUUAAAUAGUCUGAGCUUUAUUGAAAGGAAACAUUUGUGAACAACCCAUACUGUAUACUUGCUUGUUUUUGUCUAGGUUUAUUGAUUAACACAUGCAAUAUAAUUCUGCAAUACUCUACCCCGCCUAUAUAUAAAUAUAUAUGAAUAUAAAUAUCUAUA